AGAGAGCAAAGAUCCAGCUGUUUUUUAUCCAGAGGGACCAUUGACGCCUCUUGCAAAUGAGGCCGUGGCAAUGCUGGGGGAGCAGCGUGUUGGAUGGCACGAGGGGGAGGAAAUACCCGGUCCUCAGAGUCUGGCUGGGAUCGGGAGACGACAGGACGUGCUGGUAGCUGGAGCAGUGACAGUGCUAGCCAAUGGGGCCAAAGGCGCUGCUGCCGGGUGGUGACCUCUCCAAAGAGACCUGAGGAUUAUUCAGCCCCCCCCCCCCCCCCCGCAGAGGUCUGCCAUAGGAUUUGCUGUCAAUGGCAGCGUUAAACAUUGCAGGAGGCACCUUGCCUGCGCGUCGUGACUAUUGACACCCCAUCGCAAGUGGCGAAUGCAGCCAUCCGCAAGGUUAUGAAGAUUAUGAUCACAUGUGCAGCUCUGCAUAGCUGUUCCCUUGGAGACGAUGGUGGUUCCCUAGAGAAUAGGUGGAAAUGCCUGGUUAACCAUCAGCUUCCUGCUCUUUUUAUCCAAAAGAUUCUCUAACUACUUUUUAACAACUCUCCGUUUUAUUCCAUCAUGUUGUCUCUACCAGCUUAAACUAUUUCCUAAGAUGGUCCUUUUGCUGUUCCUUGCAAUCCUGUUAUCGAAGGAAGAUGUCAGUGGGAACUUUGGGUUUUUGGUUUCUGCACAAUCCAAUGAAAGAAGGGUGGUUGCACAUAUGCCUGGUGAUAUUAUCAUUGGAGCUUUGUUUUCUGUCCACCAUCAGCCAACUGUUGACAAGGUCCAUGAGAGAAAAUGUGGAGAGGUGAGGGAGCAAUAUGGCAUACAGAGAGUGGAAGCAAUGCUUCAUACCCUGGACAGAAUUAAUCUGGACCCAACACUGUUGCCAAAUAUAACUCUAGGCUGUGAAAUAAGGGACUCUUGUUGGCAUUCUGCUGUGGCUCUGGAGCAAAGCAUUGAGUUCAUAAGGGACUCUCUUAUUUCAUCGGAAGAAGAAGAGGGGAUAGUGCGCUGUGUCGAUGGAUCUUCAACAUCGAUCCGCUCCAAGAAACCCAUUGUCGGCGUCAUUGGCCCUGGUUCUAGUUCAGUAGCGAUCCAGGUCCAGAACUUGUUGCAGCUUUUCAAUAUACCUCAGAUUGCUUAUUCUGCCACAAGCAUGGACCUAAGCGACAAAACUCUGUUCAAGUAUUUCAUGAGAGUCGUGCCAUCUGAUGCCCAGCAAGCUCGAGCUAUGGUGGACAUUGUCAAACGCUAUAACUGGACCUAUGUUUCUGCUGUACAUACUGAAGGAAACUAUGGUGAGAGUGGAAUGGAAGCCUUCAAAGAUAUGUCGGGCAAGGAGGGGAUCUGCAUUGCCCAUUCCUACAAGAUUUAUAGCAAUGCUGGCGAACAGAGUUUUGACAAGCUGUUGAAAAAGCUAAGGAGCCACCUGCCCAAGGCAAGAGUGGUUGCUUGCUUCUGUGAGGGCAUGACUGUGAGAGGGCUGCUAAUGGCCAUGAGGCGCUUGGGUCUGGCUGGAGAGUUUUUGCUGCUAGGCAGUGACGGCUGGGCAGACAGGUACGAUGUGACAGACGGGUAUCAGCGGGAAGCUGUUGGUGGAAUAACGAUCAAGCUUCAGUCUCCUGAUGUGAAAUGGUUUGAUGACUAUUACCUGCAGCUUCGGCCAGAAACCAAUCUCCGAAACCCCUGGUUUCAGGAAUUCUGGCAGCACAGGUUCCAGUGCCAGCUGAAGGGGUAUCCACAAGAGAAUACUAAAUACAACAAGACUUGCAACAGUCAGUUGACUCUCAAAACGCAACAUGUUCAAGAUUCUAAAAUGGGAUUCGUAAUCAAUGCCAUAUAUUCUAUGGCGUACGGUCUUCACAACAUGCAGAUGUCACUAUGCCCAGGCUAUGCGGGUCUCUGUGAUGCCAUGAAGCCUAUAGAUGGUCAAAAACUCCUGGAUUCUCUCAUGAAGACUAACUUCACUGGGGUUUCUGGGGAGGUGAUCUUGUUCGAUGAGAAUGGAGACUCACCAGGAAGGUAUGAGAUUAUGAAUUUUAAGCAAAUGGGGAAGGAUUACUUUGACUAUAUCAAUGUUGGAAGUUGGGACAAUGGUGAAUUGAAGAUGGAUGACGAUGAAAUAUGGUCAAAGAAAAAUACUGUCAUCAGAUCGGUCUGCAGUGAACCCUGUGAAAAAGGCCAAAUAAAGGUGAUCCGUAAAGGAGAAGUCAGCUGCUGCUGGACCUGUACACCUUGUAAGGAGAACGAGUUUGUCUCUGAUGAAUACACAUGCAAGGCGUGCCAGCUGGGCUCCUGGCCCACCUAUGACCUUACAGGUUGUGAUCUCAUCCCAGUCCAGUACCUCAGAUGGGGCGAUCCUGAACCAAUAGCAGCGGUUGUUUUUUCCUGUCUGGGUCUACUGGCCACCCUGUUUGUUACCGCUGUAUUCAUCAUGUACCGCGAUACCCCAGUUGUCAAGUCAUCCAGCCGAGAACUCUGCUACAUUAUUCUCGCUGGCAUCUGCUUGGGUUACUUGUGUACUUUCUGUCUCAUUGCAAAGCCCCAACGGAUUUAUUGUUACCUUCAAAGAAUUGGCAUCGGUCUGUCCCCAGCUAUGAGUUACUCUGCCCUAGUAACUAAAACCAAUCGCAUUGCAAGAAUUCUAGCUGGCAGCAAGAAGAAAAUCUGUACAAAGAAACCUAGGUUCAUGAGUGCCUGUGCCCAGCUGGUUAUUGCAUUUAUAUUAAUAUGUAUACAGUUAGGCAUAAUUGUUGCCCUUUUCAUAAUGGAGCCACCAGAUAUAAUGCAUGAUUAUCCAAGUAUCCGAGAGGUCUACUUGAUUUGUAACACCACCAACUUGGGUGUCGUAACGCCCCUUGGAUACAAUGGAUUAUUAAUUUUAAGUUGCACCUUUUAUGCAUUUAAGACCAGAAAUGUCCCGGCUAAUUUCAAUGAAGCAAAGUAUAUCGCCUUUACAAUGUAUACCACCUGUAUCAUUUGGCUGGCCUUUGUGCCCAUAUAUUUUGGUAGCAACUACAAGAUAAUCACCAUGUGUUUUUCUGUAAGCCUGAGUGCCACUGUGGCCCUCGGCUGCAUGUUUGUGCCAAAGGUGUACAUCAUCCUCGCUAAGCCAGAAAGGAAUGUACGCAGCGCGUUCACCACGUCGACCGUGGUCCGCAUGCAUGUAGGGGAUGGAAAGUCAUCUUCAGCUGCAAGCCGCUCAAGUAGCCUGGUCAACCUAUGGAAAAGAAGGGGAUCGUCUGGUGAAACUCUAAGGUACAAAGGCAGGAGGCUGGCCCAGCACAAGUCGGAAAUAGAGUGUUUCACCCCAAAAGGGAGUAUGGGAAAUGGUGGGAGAGCUACAAUGAGCAGCUCUAAUGGAAAAUCAGUCACAUGGGCCCAGAAUGAGAAGAGCCGCAGCAGGGGAGCGCACCUCUGGCAAAGGCUCUCAGUCCACAUCAACAAAAAGGAGAACCCUAAUCAAACCGCCGUGAUCAAGCCCUUUUCGAAGAGCACAGACAGUAGCCGACACAGCAGCAGUGCCGCGUUUCCAGAGACCAGUGCCAAAAUGCUUUAUGACGUCUCAGAAGCAGAGGAGCAAUACCCAGCUCAGUUCCAGCCACAGACCCCCUCGCCUAUCAGCACGGUGAGCCACAGGACUGCCUCCAUUAGCCGAACAGAUGAUGAUGUCCCCAUAUCCCAGACAGAACGUGCCCAGCGAAGCAGUUCCUCCCAAGGCUCUCUGAUGGAGCAAAUCAGCAGUGUGGUCACACGCUUCACAGCCAACAUCAGCGAGCUGAACUCUAUGAUGCUUUCAACAGCCACACCGGGGGCAAUGGUGGCCACUCCUCUCUGCUCUUCCUACCUGAUCCCAAGAGAGAUCCAGCUUCCUACAACAAUGACCACUUUUGCAGAGAUCCAGCCGCUCCCUGCCAUUGAAGUCAAUGGUGCAUCGCAGUCUGCUAGGAAACCUUCAUGUGGCAGCAUCAAAGAAGGUACUUCGGAUGCACCAGCGGUGAAGCAAGAUCUUGAGGAGUUGGUGGCUUUAACUCCUCCCUCACCUUUUAGAGACUCCAUUGAUUCUGGGAGCACAUCUCCCGGCUCUCCAGUGUCAGAAUCAGCUCUUUGUAUCCCAUCCUCCCCGAAGUAUGACAAGCUUAUCAUAAGAGAUUACUCUCAAAGUUCUUCUUCAUUGUGAAUGUAGUUCAAGACACCAUUGGAUCUCGACAGCUACAAGCAGGUAGAGCGGGGACAGCCAAGCCUUCAAGAUCUCCAGUGUUUACACAGAUACAGUGAUAGGCAUUAGGUCAUCAUGUAAAGAACGGAGGGGGCAAUAGAGAAUUAUUCGAUAAAUGGAAACAUCGGAUUAAUUAUGCUGUGUUAAAGAAACAAAACUUUGAGCAGAUUUUCGUGGCCUUACAAAACAUGGGCUUUUAAGAAACACUGCAUCUAUUUUUGAGGGCUUAUAAGGAGUCUGUUAAAUCAGUUACAUACCAAGUGCUUUGCUUUAGUAUAACAAUGAACUGUGUGUACAAUAUAUGAAAAAAGUAGACUGUAAGCGACUGUACAAUGUUUUCUUUAUUUACUCCGAUUCCUUACCCAGAAGUGAACCUUGAUCUAUUAUCAAGAAUAGAAGACCAAACAUUGAAUGUACAUUUUCUAACAGACUCAAAACCUGGCACCAAUGUGUCAGGCUCUUUUUUUUCUAGGAAGAUCUCAAAAAGCAGUAACGUAUGCUUCAUAACGACCAAACUCUUGCUGAAGCGUAUCAUGCUGGUGAUACGCUACGUGUAGAUAACAAUAAACUGCGGCUUUGCAAUGUGUGACUGCAAUAUGGAGGGCUUUACAAGUGACUUCUCAACCUACAGAUUUGUUUAUGAAAUUCUCUUCUAUAAGUAUUAAAAGUUCAAUUUAUUCACAUUGGAUACACCUUCAUAGCAACAAAAUGUGAGGAUGAUUUCCUGACUCUUUCACCACGUUGCCAGCCAAUGAUGGAGUAGCAAAAAAAUAUUUUCUGGAGUACUGUUUUGUAAUUCCCUUAUCAGGACAAGUGUUGAGGAGAAUAUUCUGUUUCUAGCAGUAUUAUUGAGCUAUAGCAUAGCUGCAUUCCCUUGUGAAAUUAACACAUUUUUAUGGUCAUUCUUAUGGUAAUAUUGCCAGUUAUAAUACCAUGCUUAUUCAGGCUCCCAUAUCCUUUGCUUUUAAGGAACAGGUAAUCACUCUAUGGGUUUUCUCAGUUUUUAUAAAGGUAGAAUACUGAGAAAGCAGUCUGGAUUAUGAUGAAGGAAUACUUCAAUGGAAGGAUUGUCAUGAUCAUAAUUCAUUUAUGAAAAAAACCCUGUGGCUUAGAGGUGGUUUAGCUACUCUUCAAUAAGCAACGAUUUUAACUCUAGUUAGCUGCAGAUGCAUUGCAGCUAUGAACUGUGACAAAAGAAGAUUUUUAAAGCAAUACAGAGUAUAUGUUCAAACAAGGGGGACCUAAUGAGAUACAAACUAACAGAGUCUUUCUUUGUUUCUUAGCAGCUCCUAGAAGAGGCGAGGGAAUUAUUGACAUUUUUUUUCCUGUAUCAAAAUAUCUACUAGUACAGUUUAGUACACUUCAUGCUGUCAUGGCAUUUUUAAAUACAUGCAGGAAGAGAUUUAAAAUUUGAAUAGAAGCAACAUAAUUUUUGAUAGCUAUGUUGAAACAAUGCACAUUAUAAUUUACUUUCUCCCUUCCCUCCCCCAAUGACACAGCUAUCCUCAGGUGCCAAAAUUUUGUGGUUUUUUUCUUAUAAAUAAGAACAGUAUGAAGGGAUGGGUGAUUUACUGUAAUUCAAAGUCAAGUUGAUGCAGCCUUAUAUAGAAGAUAGCCUUAUGGAAGGGAGCCUUGGAAUAAGGCUGCUGUGUAUUAUUUUUUAAACUCACUAAUCUUAUUUCUUUGCAGCUCUGCAAAUACUUUUCAAUCAAAAUGUUUUUUUUCAGGCAUUUUAAAACAGAAAAAUUUCAUAUGAUUAAAAAGUGAAAGCACAUUUGUUCAUUUCAGCAAAGAGUAUUACUAUUCUAUUGUUAAGUUAGCUCUGCCAUGAUUUUAUACCAUACAUCCCAAUUCUCCAUUCAAUUAAUUUUUUUUAACAAAAUAUCUGAAUGAUACCACUAUAAAAUAACACCCUCCCCUAACCUGAUCCAGUACAUUUUGCUCAAGGAAUAGUAAUUCUUUAUUUAACUAACUGCCUGUGUCUUAUGAGACACAGACCUUUUAACUUUUCUUGGUCCAUCUGGAAAAAUGGGCAUUUCAAAUCAGGAACACAAUAUAUAUGUUCUUUGUAGGGACUCUAAACCUCUAUGAAACUAUCUGAAAUAUUGUACAUGGAAGAUUUGCAAGGUACUGUAUAUGUUUUCCUUUAACACAGAGCUGCUUUCAUUCGUGGAUAGUUUAGGUAGGUGGUUUAGGUGGGUGGAUAGUUUAGGUGGGUGGUUUUCAAAGGGACUGUAUUAUUAUAUUAUAUAUUAAGUGCCCCUCCCUCCUUCCCCCUCCCCUCUUCUCACUUCUUUCUCUCCCCCUACCCCGCCACUCCUUAAACAAAUGUGUCAGUUGUGUAGCCUCCUUUCUCAUGCUGGCAGGUACUUACACAAUUAUCCCUCAAUGGGAUUGCUUGCAUGAGUAAGUGAUUAACAGUGUGAGUAAGGAUUGUACAAGUGGUCCCUUAAAAUGUGUUGUUAAUCAGUCUUCUUUAAGAAAAAAGAAGGAGUAAGAGGGGAAGGCUAUCAAAUCAUGAUACAAUAUAAAUAAUGCAUUCACUGUUACACAGCUCUUAGGUCAUAAUUCUGAAGAAUCAUUCAGUCUAACUGGCCACUGUUGCUGUUCAGAGUUUGUUCAUCUUUUUUAUAUUGCCAAUAAUGCAUUCAUCCCUCAGUUUAAUGGUUGGGUACCACUUCCAUCUAUUGGUUGAUUAGGACCCUAACAUUAUACUAGCUAUCUUUUAAACACUCUUUGCUUUUGUCACUAAGGAUUCACUUUCCUUGUACUCCUGUUUGCUGUAGAGGAAGUUCUGCAUGCUCAAGGAAUGCAAGACUGGCCCCGUUGAGAUAGUACUUUUCUUCUCUGUUUGACUUCCAAGACUUUGAUAUCUAAUCAGCAAUGAAGAAUAGCUUGUUAUUAGUAGUAGGCAUGGGAUGGCAGAACACAUUUUGUUGGGCAGGCUGGUCCUUGGGAGAUUUACUUGAAUUUUAUAGAGAUAGGAGAAGUUUUGUGGGAAUAAUGAGGAGCAACACAAAGGACUUAAGCAUUAGAAGAGUCAGAGGCAGCUUUAUGGAACUGUAGGGUCCCAAGCAAGAGUCCAGAGGAUUUGGUGGAGGAAGGGAGAGAAAUUGGAGGUUCUAAUAAUUAUUUUCCUUGCACCACUAGUGUACUAGAUUCUUUACAGGGAGAUGUGAAGACAAGGUUCCCACCUGGAAGACCUCACAGUAUGAAUAAACAAUGUGCAAGUAGAUGAUGGGUUACCUUCCAGUUCUGCUGCUGGAAAGGAAAUUGUUUACACUGCAGGGAAAACACUAACAUUCUUGUCAGUGAAGACAUCCCCAAAACCCCACGCUUGUUCUGAAGGCCAGCCCUGGGAGAGUGCAGGUCUGAGCCCUCUCUGGAAGCCAUGCUUCUGAAAUAAAGUGAGCAACUACAGCAGCCCAGUUACAAGCAUUUGUGUGAAGUGCUAGAAAAAAUGAGGCAGAACUGUAUUUGAAAAUAGGCUGUUUAUUGUAUGACUUUGGAGAUGUAUCCCCUCCUAUUUCUCAUCUAAAAAUAUCUAAGAUACUUGGUGAUUGGGCUCCUAUAGAUAUCUUAGACCAGAGGUUCCUAGAUCAUGGUCCAUAGAGCACUUGCUCAUGGCUCCUGAAGACCUGGCUAAUCACAUGGUGCUGGCUCCUUCUUCUGACUUCCUGCUGUGAAACAGCAUUAAAUGAUAGCUAAAAAUAUCUUAUAUACUUUCCUUAACUUACUUGGGUAGAUAUGCAAUUGCUAUGGUUGGUACAGGAAUGUUUGUGAUCACAAAUGGGAGGGGAAGUCAUCUAUGUGAGUGUGAUUAGGAGGAAAGGUGAUCCAUGAGACAAUCUCUGGAUUAACAUGUGGUUCACAUGAAAACAUUUGUGAACCUUUACCUAGAGAGCAAAAGAGACUAGAUAGAGAACAUAGGUGCAAAUGUUGAUGCCUGAGAGAAAAUUAUCUUUAUGCUCAUUACUACAGCCAGACCCCACCAGACAGAAAGAGAGAAAAUAGGGGAAGAUUUAUCACAAAUGCCAGUUUCUGAGAGAAGUCAGAUUACUGUGUUUGUGAUGAGUAAUUAUGGCUAGAUCAUUAUCUCAACAGACACCAGUGGAAAUCCACUGAGGUCUUACUCCAGGUUUACAUCAGUGUAAAUGAGAUCUGAGUCUAGCCAUGGCCAGUGAAGUGUAGACAUUGACUGUUUAUUCCAUCAGCGGAUGGUAGGAGGAAAGAGAUUUCUUAAGAUUUUGCUUGAUCCAUACACUAUAAAUAGUUGAUUAGAUUAAUUCUUAAGAGAACUCUUUUAGUUCAGUGGCUAGAACCUUCCCCAUGGAUUUGCUUUACCAUUUACCUAGCAGGUAUCCCUAUAGACAAAUAAAAUUGUGGUUGGAAAUGUCAAGGGUUGUGCGGAUAAUUUAUCCAUAAGUAGGAAACAGGUCAUGGCUUUACUGUUGUUUCCUGAUUCCCAGAAAGAGAAUUAAAACAUUUCCCCAAGAGUCGUAUGCUACACUCCCAGUAUGUACGACACAUGUUGGAACUUUGACUGAAUUACCCGAGGUCACUUUUUUGCUACAGCUUAUCAUUACACCCAAGCUGUUGAAAUCUCUGUAGUUGCCAUUUACAAUUUUAUACUGUGAAAAGAAUAAAUAACUAAAUAAUUCAGAUCAGUGAAACAUAAAGGUAAGUAAGAAAUUCAUCUCCUUGAUGACUUGGCAUACGUGGCUGGUUUUCUCUUGUCUGAGCAACGACAGUGCAAACUCUAAAUAAUAGACAGCUGAGUCACUCUGAUCUGCCAAAUGGGAAUAAAUAUACUAUGUAUAUUAUAUGUACUGAUAGGAUUCAAUGGCAGCUGCUGGUGGUAUUUGUAAUUUGAACUCUAUAUAGAAUAUAGAUGUUUUAGAGAGAUGGUGCCAAUUCUAAAAGAUUUGUGUGGGCUACAAGUGCUUGUAAUUAUUAUUAUUAUUUUUAUUUGUUAAUAACUUAUUAUGAAAAUCUGGUUUUAAACAUUCUGUGAGUGUUUGUCCCUUUCUUAUGUUGCUGCUUAUACUAUUAAAACAAUAGAGAAUGUAAAAUUAUUUUGAUGUGAACUGAAAAAGAUUUUUCAUAAAAUUUAACAUUUUUAUCAGCUUUGGGUUUUGCGGUCUACCUGUAUAAAUGUAAUUUAUUUUAGCAUUUAAAAAUACAUUUGCUUGUUUCUCGGUUGUCUACAUCAUGUUAUAGUUGAUGUUUAUGUAGAGUCAGGUACUUUUUGAACAGUAUUAAAAAAUCCUGUGAUAUGA